UUUGAAGUCUAGGCUCAGGCACUAUUGGGCUUGAUCCCAAACGUUGAUGGCCGCCGCUAAUGCCUAUAUUUUGCAUUCCAGUUAGCUUUAAACUGAAUAAAAACGCCAUAUUGAUGGAGAAUAAGUGACACAGCCUUGUCUAAGGAGAAAGUGCGGGAUGCUGCAUCGCAAUGGGAAAUAUUUUUGGCAAAAAGAAACGAAGCCGAGUCACAGAACACGACCGAGCUGUUCUGCAACUAAAGCAGCAGAGAGAUAAACUGAAGCAAUAUCAGAAGAGGAUCACUCUGCAGCUGGAGAAGGAGAGACAGCUUGCCAAGCAGCUGCUGAAAGAUGGCAAGAAAGAGAAAGCCAUCCUUUUGCUUAAGAAGAAACGCUUUCAGGAGCAACUUCUGGACAAGACUGAGAACCAGAUAAGCAACCUGGAACGAAUGGUUCAAGACAUUGAGUUUGCACAGAUAGAAAUAAAGGUGAUUGAAGGACUGAAGGUCGGCAACGACUGUUUAAAGAAAAUGCAUGAGGUGAUGUCCAUAGAAGAAGUGGAGAGAAUCAUGGACGAGACCCAGGAAUCCAUUGAGUACCAGAGGCAAAUCGAUGACAUUCUGGCAGGCUCUCUGACACAAGAGGACGAGGACGCUGUAUUAGCAGAGCUUGAAGCUAUCACUCAGGGAGAUAUUGAGCUUCCUGAGGUGCCAGAUGAGCAAUUGCCAGAAAUACCAGAUCAAGAGCCUGAGCCGGAGAAGGAACGGGUGAAGAAGAAGUCGGAGAGAGAACUGUUGUCUUUGUAAAGCAUUGCCGCAGCACCACACACUUUUAUAUCGUUCCUGUAACCGGGGUGUAGAUGAGAACGCACUCCAGUCUAGAAAAGAAAUAUGUAGAUACAUUCAAGAAAACUUUUAGUGUUUACAGCCCAUUAGUAGAUUCUUUUUCUCAAAUCUACGGUUCAUCAUUAGAGGCUUUUUCACUGGACAGUGCUGUAUAGUUUACACUUACUAACCCCAACCUCAAACUGUUCAUACCCCAUUCUGUACUUUUCCUGGUCUGAUAUAUAUUCCAUGGUUAUCUCAUACUUCUUGUUUAGUUUUAUAUGAAAUUGACCCUAUUACACUUUAUUGACAAGUGAUUUUAAGAUAGUUGAUUUCUUGCUACACUGCACUGUCCAAUGGAAAUCCCUUCAACACCCUCAAUUCAAUUGUCUGGUUAAAGAGAAAAUGCUUUUUUUUUUUCGUAUCUGUUUUAACAUUCUAACUUUAAUGAGGUGAUAUUUCAAAUUUUACUUUUAAGGUCUAGGAUUUAAUCCUAUAUAUAUAAACCUUCUGGACAGCUAUAAGGCAGUUCUUUCUGGCUUGUUAUAAAUUGCAUGUGAGGCUUUUAAGAAUUGUAGGAUAGUAAAGGCUGUGUUAAAGCUCCUGCACAUUAUUACCUCUCUAUACAGGUGCUUACAUACACUGCUCCAGGUGGAUAUUAUUAAAAGGUUAGAAAGAAUUCCUGUUCCUGCUUUUAGAUGCUACUUUUUUUCUUUUCUUUUUCUUUUUUUUUUGGCUCAAAAUUUAUUUUUUUAGAAAGAAAAUAAACAAACUUAAGCCCAAAGUGAGUUUUUUCCUCAGCAUUGACACGCCAAUAAAUACCCCUCUAUUGUUAUUGAUCUCUCGUGCUGGACUACACUCAGCUGCUCUGCUCUAAGAGCUUUCCAGCAGUUCUUUACAGUCUUAUGGGUUUGAUGAUACAAUUUAAUUUUGUUAUUUUGCAACAAUAAAAUUUUUUUUAAUCA